CGAGGAUUUCCGAGUCAUAGCAGCCGCUUUGAUGCCUGCUUUGCAGAGCUUACUACGUAGGAGUGUCGUCCAUGCAGCAGCACGCGAAAUCAUGUUGCACCUUCCAAGGCUCCUUCCACAAACUGGACCUCCAAACUGGCCAAACGGUGUGGUCGACGUACAUGGUUCCUCGGGACAGCCAGUACACGGGAGUACCAGUGUGGGGAAGCAGUCCUGCCUUGGACGAGCGCAGAGGCCUCGUCUACAUCGCUACCGGGAGCGUUUUCUCUGUCCCUUCAGAAGUCCGGCAGUGCCAGCAAGCCACCGGAAACUCGAGCAGCUGCAUCGUGCCCAGCGUCUGCUACAACUCCGUCGUCGCCGUUGACACGAGAGACGGAACUAUCCGGUGGUGCAGUAGGAUGACGAUGAGCGAGAUCUGGGAGAACGCCUGCCGGAGCAUUCGUCCUCCACCAAACUGUCCUCCACGGCCAGAUCCAGACGCUGACUUUGGAGAAAGCCCCAUGCUCGUCACCAUUCAGCAACAAGGAGCAUUGAGAGAUGUUGUCGUCACUGGACAGAAGACUGGCUUCGUGUGGGCUCACGACCGAGAAACUGGAGAGCUCGUCUGGCAUGCGGUACUGAAAAGCUUUUGCCUUCGUAGUAGUGAACUUUGAUCGUUGUAGGUGGCUGGACCCGGCGGAAGCGGAGGUGGAGCGAACUGGGGAUCAGCAACGGACAACUCUCGAGUCUUCACAAACAUCGCCAACAGUGACCGCCAAUCUUUCCUCCACGAGCCAUCGCAGCUUGUAACCACGGGAGGUGGCUGGGUUGCGAUGGCUGCUACAACUGGACGCUUGCUCUGGUCCACUCCCAAUCCAACCGGCCAGCCAGCCUACGGUCCCGUCAC